ACCAGAGAUUCAGAUGGUCUUAUUUUGUCUCUUUCCGGUCAAUCAAAUGAAAACAGUUUCAUAACAUUCAUGCUUACAGGUGGACAUUUGCAACUCGUGUACAAUAUGGGUGAUGGCGAGGUGGCGCUAAUCCUUUCGGAAAUCAGGGUUGACAACGGCCAGUAUCACUUAGUGACACUUGAACGUCACGGCAGCACGUUUAUAUUAAAAUUGGAUGGCGGAGAAUGGCGUUAUUACACAGAGACGUCAGGUCGGGACAGCGGACUUAGGGAUUUCAGCAUACGCCAAGAUAGAAUUGUCGCUGGAGCGUCAGUGAGCUAUGCCUCUGGAUCGCCUGUGUAUUACGGUGACGACUUGUCGAACACGUGUAUCAAAGACGUUCGGAUUGACAACAGUUGGUUUCCGCUUACCUUUGAGGAAGCAAUAUUGAGCCCCGCUGCCGUUUUAGUGUUUUCAGCAAAUGUACAGGAACAGUGCAGUCGAGAUGACUGUCCCCCUGGCCAGUGUACACCACCAAAAUAUGUGUGCCUAAGUGGGAAGACUUCACAUGCUCCUGUCCGGAACAUUAUGUGAACACGGCACAAGGAUGUGAAGAAAUAGAUUAGUGUUCAUCUGGGAGCCUUUGCUUCGGAGGAAUAUGUUCGACCAACGUGCAUGCCGAAAAGGAGGAAGACAUAAUUCAGUGUGCUUGCUAUGGUGAAUGGUAUGGAAAUCUUUGUCAAUGCAAUCCAUACCUUGACAUCGAGAACAGUGCAACGUGUAGAACAUCGGUAUUUAUUGAAGUUGUCAUUUUCGAUAUGCU